CCGACCUUCGGCUCAGACUCGUCGAGACUCUCUCGUUUGCACAAGCUCAAGAACGCCACAAAGUAAAUGCUGAUGUCAAAAACAAGAGAAGAAAAACUGUGAAAACGGUUUGACAGCACAAAAUACCCAGCGAGGGAAGAGAGACUCGCUCAACAGUCGAGGGUUGCUGAACCGUAAACUAUGGGGAUGUUCAAUUCAGAAAGUCUAAUAAAUCUGAAGAUGCGGUCUGUGUUCCUCCUCGUGUUCCUCGUGACUCCGGUGUUCAGUGAAGGAUUGACUAACGUCACCUCCGUCGCCGAUACCGAUACGCCCGAGAUGUUUUCUAGCUGGCCAUAUCCCUGUCAGGGAGCCUCCAAUCUAAACGCUUUUCAUGUGUUUUACAACCAACACGUCCUCCAAUAUAAUUUCGACACGUCGCAGACGCACACCUGGGCCGAUUACCUGAAGAAAAGGAGUCUUUGUGGCGUAAAUCCUCACCAGGCUUUUGUGCAUAAGAACGACGGCAACGCCAUUGUGGGAAUCUGUCACGGAGGAGGCGUCAGAAACUCCCGAAACCUGUGCGUCAGCGCGAGGAAGUUCAGGGUGUUCAUCGUUCAGAGCGUGUGGAGAAACGGACGGUGUGUAGUUCAACUCCAAACCGAGAUCGCUCACGUGAUCGUCGCGUGCACUAAUGCCGUGUUUUCUGCCCAACCUCCAAUCCCAGUCAUCCACUGCAUCCCCGUUCACUUCGCAGGGAUCGUUAACACGACUCCGUCACUUCACGGUCCGCGCUGCAAACGUUAGUUACCUCAUAUCUAGAGGAAGAGCUUCAUCACCCGUCUGUCGUCACUCUGCUUUAAGACAUUAUCUUUUCAAUUGUUUGAUUUAGAGCAUUUACAUAUUUUUUAAUAUUGUUACCGUUUCAUUCUGCUUACUUAAACCAGUCAUACCUUCAACAGAAGGCAGUUCGUAACGCUUGUGGUGUACCCCAGGGUUCUGUACUUGGACCUCUCAUCUUUCUCAUUUACAUCCUCCCUAUUGCCACGGUCUUAAAGGGUUAGUUCACCCAAAAAUGAAAAU